CGGUAGAAGGUCCGUGGAUAUGGGCGCCGUAAACUGAAGUUCGAGGAAAGGCAAACCGAAGUUCGAGGAAAGGCGCCGUAAACCGAAGUUCGAGGAAGGUCCGUGGAUAUGGGCGCCACCUUCGACGAUUCGACCUCGCGUGGUUCUCGAGGAAGACACUCCGUCUCUUCCUUUCCUACUAUCCCCGAUCAAUUCAUGGGCGACGCUUUGACGGAUCAAGAAUUUGACCAGUACAUUUCAGGUGGAGGCGACGCGAAUCUCGAAACUCUUGAAAGUUUAUUCAAGGAGAUUGAUGAAGCAGGAAUGGACAGGGACGAGGAGCCUACACCGCACAGCAACGACGUCGACCAGGAGGCAUGUGAACCCGAGACCUCUCAAGGUCGAGACAAAGGUUAAAAAAUUAAAAUCGGAUUUAUUUGUUUAUCAUUUUGAAAAAGAUACAAAAGAUGGCAUAGUUUAUGGAACUAGUAAAUAUUGUGCCACCGU